AUGAAGGACGCUGAGGAGGAUUCUGAGGAAAAGAAGAAAACCGUACCACUUUCUGAAACAGAAGUUAAAAUUUUAAAAUCAUACGGAGUUGGACCUUAUGCAGCUCCAAUUCGUGCAGCUGAUAAUGAUAUAAAAGAAGUUAUUAACAGAAUUAAUAAAUUAUCAGGAGUUAAGGAAAGUGAUACUGGAUUAAAUCCUCCUCAUAUGUGGGACUUAGUGCUUGAUCAACGUUCCUUACAGGAAGGAGCGCCACUUCAAGUAGCAAGAUGUACUAAUAUUAUUAACCCUGGAACUCCACAAGCUAAAUACAUCAUCAACGUUAAACAAAUCGCCAAAUUCGUUGUGGGAUUGGGAGAGAAGGCCGCCGCUACGGAUAUAGAGGAGGGUAUAAGAGUUGGAGUUGACCGUAACAAGUACAAGAUCCAGAUAACCUUGCCGCCUAAAAUUGACCCGUCUGUAACCAUGAUGACAGUUGAGGAGAAGCCAAACAUCACAUACAACGAUAUAGGUGGAUGUAAGGAUCAACUAGAGAAGUUAAGGGAGGUGGUUGAGAUGCCUCUUUUACAGCCUGAACGUUUUGUACAGCUAGGAAUUGACCCACCAAACGGAGUUUUACUUUACGGACCACCAGGAACUGGUAAAACCUUAACAGCUAGAGCUGUUGCAAAUCGAACUGACGCUUGUUUUAUAUGCGUCAUAGGCUCAGAACUUGUUCAAAAUAUAAUAAUAAUACUGAAUGAUGAAAUUAGAUAUGUUGGAGAAGGAGCCAGACUUGUUAGAGAACUGUUCCAGAUGGCAAGGAGUAAGAAGGCAUGUAUAUUAUUUAUUGAUGAAGUUGAUGCCAUUGGAGGUUCCAGAGGUGAGGACGCGUCAAAUGGUGAUCACGAGGUUCAGCGAACAAUGCUCGAGAUUGUGAAUCAGCUAGAUGGGUUUGAUGCCAGGGGUAAUAUUAAAGUACUAAUGGCCACGAACAGGCCUGAUACACUAGACUCAGCACUACUAAGACCAGGACGUAUAGAUAGACGUAUAGAAUUUGGAUUACCAGAUCUAGAGGGUAGAAAACAUAUAUUUAAGAUCCAUUCAAGGACGAUGAGCGUGGAUAAGAACAUAAGAUACGAGUUGUUGGCCAGACUCUGUCCAAACAGCACAGGAGCAGACCUAAGAAGCGUGUGUACAGAGGCCGGAAUGUUCGCAAUCAGAGCCAGACGUAAGAGUAUCUCAGAGAAGGACCUGAUUGACGCCAUUUCUAAAGUCAUUAAAGGUUAUAAGAAGUUCUCAGCAACUGGAAGAUACAUGGUCUACAACUGA